AUGACGUCACACCAGUCAAUCCAGAAAGUCCCUGCCCUUCCCUCCCCUGACCUCUGGGGUCUAUCAAAGCAGCCCCCGGCUCAGUGUCCCCGCCGGACCAGGCCACACCUGCAGCCCCUACCCCUUCCCGGCUGCGACUCUCGCCCUCCUCUGCCCCGGCCUCCUUCUCCCCGCCCCGCUGAUCGGCAGUUGCCUGCGCCAAUCAGAGGGCCUAGCGGGUGGGGCGGGGCCUCACGAUGGAGUUGCCCUGUCAGUGCAGGUGGAGGCCCCGGCGGGGCAAAGUGGCAGGAACCUCUUAAAGGGCGAGAGCGGCGCGGAGCCAGAACGCGGUCCGGCCCAGUCCCCGCCGCACCCAGCCCAGAGAAGAGUUUAGUGACUGAGGCCGAAAAUUCACAGCACCAACAGAAGGAAGAGGGUGAGGGAGCCAUAAACUCAGGCCAACAAGAACCUCAGCAGGAGGAAUCUUGUCAAACAGUAGCCGAAGGAGAUAAUCAGUUUGAACAGAAGCUGAAAGCUUCUAAUGGAGACACUCCUACACAUGAAGACUUGACUAAGAACAAGGAGCGGACAUCAGAUAGCAGAGGCCUUUCACGACUGUUCUCCUCGUUUCUCAAAAGGCCCAAAUCUCAGGUGUCCGAGGAAGAAGGAGGCAAAGAAGUAGAGUCAGAUAAAGAAAAAGGUGAAGGAGGUCAGAAAGAGAUAGAAUUUGGAACCAGUCUUGAUGAAGAGAUCAUUUUAAAGGCACCGAUUGCAGCUCCUGAACCUGAACUCAAAACAGACCCAUCUUUGGAUCUUCAUUCAUUAAGCAGUGCAGAAACACAGCCUUACCAUUACAAAUUAAGAAUUAUUUUCAAAGUCUUCUUAUUUCUGAAGCAUGUGAAUAUUAUCUGCAUUGUUAAAAGUGUAAGUCCUUCUCUGACAGUGUUAGCGGGGAAAAUGUAUGAGUCCUACAUGUUUCUGUUAUAG